UCUGUAUUGAUUGAAAAAGCACUAUUUUGUUCAAAUUAUAUUUGUUUUAUUUCAAUGAAAGAAAUCUGUGAAUUUAUUGCGGUUGGCUCUUUGUAGUAUUUUUUCUCUUUUAUUGUCUUUUAAUUUUUAUUAGGAAUCAAUUUUUGCUUUGUUUAUUAUUAUUUCUUUUUGAUAAAAUUUUUUGGACGUAAAUAACUUGAAUGUGAUCAGAACUUCUUUUCAAUCUUAUCCAGAUUCAUAUCUUCUUUUUAAAUUUAUGUGUCAAAAAAUAUAUUUUUUAUGUACUAAAAUUGAUAAGUUUUAUUUUAAUUGAUUCACCGAAUUUGAUUUUAACUAACCAUUUUAAACUUAAUAGUGCUAAUGUGCCGCAGACUAUUUUUCCCAUUUUUCCACAGUUUUCAAUAAUUUCAAACUUUUGAUUAUAGUGAUUUAUCGUCUUAAUUAACGAUUUACGAAUAUUUCAGAAGAUGUAGUUUUAGCUAAAGAUUAUAUAAGUCUUGGGAAUUAUUAAUUUAAAAUAAAAAAAGCAAAUUUUAAAACGAACUGAAAAGAUAUAAGCUUUAUGAGAUGAGUACAAUACUUAAUUUAAUUUCAUAAGUAAAGUUUUAAUAAGUGUUUUACUAAAUUACUUCAGUAAAUAUCAAUGUAUUAAACAGAUAAAAUAAAAAUUUAUGAUAAAUUUUGUGUUAGUCACUGAUUAAAAUAGAAUAUUGAAUAUUGAAGAGUAUUCAAUGCUUUACAUGUAAAAGUUCAACAUUCUGCGAAGUAUUCGGUUUAUUCUCUUGGUAGUGAAUUGCAUAAAAAAUGAAUUUCUAAAGAAUUCGUUGCAUUACUAGGCGCCUCUACUCAAUAUUUGUCUAAAAUUUCUUCUGUCUUAUUUUUAAUAUAUUUAUUUUAAUAUUGUUUAAUAUCGGAUGGAAUGUUCAUUUUUAAGGACAGAUAAUUGGUGUAUUGUUUUCACUGCUUCAUUCGGCACUUUCACAAUUAAUAUUAAAUUACUAAAAAUCUUAGUGCAGGCGCCUAGUCAUUGCUUCAACUUCUACCUUACAUGAAGUUUUCUGAAUCAUUCUCUAAUUUAGGCCGAAAUUACUUCCUUUAGCAGUUACACUGUCAAUACUAAUUAACUAAGUGCGUCAUAAAUUAAUGAUGAAGGAGAAUUACAAGUAAAUUUUCUUCUAUACUUGAUCUCAUUAGCGGAACGUGAUCUUUGUUCUAGGGCUGAAGAAAAGAAUUUAUUUAUAAAGAUGAGAUCCUACAUCAAUUAUGUUUGUAGUGCUGCAAUCCUCAAUUAUAUAAUGUUGGGCAAGAGCCACGGAGAAUACCAAUAAAUCGUCGCUGAGCUCAAAAGGCUAUGGUCAGUAUUUGGAGGGAUGUGUAAUACAUCAUCAGAGAGAUUUCCCAAUAUCGACUCUGGCACAAUUGAGAGUUUGGCAGUCAAGAGGUCUGUUUUUCUCCACAAAAUCCUCUUCACAUGAUUCUGGUAUUUUUAAUUCUCACACCAAUUUCUCGCGGUAGUUGUUUGGUAUUCAUGGUGGACACCAGUGCCCUCCGGGAGACUCUUCCGCUUCAUCAUAGGAUUAUUCUAUGUGUGGAAAUAAUUGGUGGAAGUGCCAUCAAAGUGGUUCGCUAACAAUGUCACCAACUCCUAUUGAAGAUGCCACAUCGCACAAUAGAUUGUCAGUUAUAAAAUUUAUGGAGCUAUCACUCGCCAUCGCCAGCACAGUUCUGCAUUACUACAGCUUUAAUGAUGGUGAAUUGGUGACGGCAUUUUUGGCCACAGGCACGUUCUGCGGCUACAUUAUUGUCCUCAUAGCCAUUUUCGCUGGUCACAUGAUCGGAACGCCUGUUAACAAGCGUCUCAGCAUCUUUUACAGCAUUAUCGGAAGCGUGAUGUUCAUUACAUCGGGUGUUUUCAUCAUUGAGGCGUGGGAACAUUCAUUUAGGACACGAACACGAGAUUUGGCCAUCACGAAAGGAUCUGUUGCUAUAAUAAAUGGAGCUGUCUUUUUAUUAGACACAAUUUUCACAUUUCGAGAUAAAUGAUUUUGACCUAUUGCGAGCCUGUCACUGCAAUCUCUCUAUGCUGUUAAAUAAUUUAAUGCUCCCAUCGAAAAUGUAUUGUUGCAUUUAACACCCCAACAUCAUUGGGAUAAAUAUGCAAAAUACAUCAUCAGAACAAAUAUGAAAACACCAUGAUUGUUUGCCAUUCAACUUCUACCAUUUGAUUUCUGUAUGCCUUUAUGGUGACCUCGUCUAUAUAUUUAGAGUCAAUUCACUCAAAAUACAUACCCUCAUGUACGAAUCACACAACUUUCCAUAUUAAUUGAAUUACUUCCCUAAUUGAUGUAUAUACCCCCGAGAGUAAAUAUCCACUCAUUGAGCAACUGUUUACCUUUCAUUUUUAUUAAAUUACCAUCAAUAUAUUUCUCUACAGCAAGUCCACUUAAUAACACACCUUUUCCCACUUUCAAUUAACAUGAUGAUAUUCCUAUUAAUUCUCAAAGUCCAUCUAAACUAAAGGGUUUAUUGCAAUGGAAAGGAUGGAAAACAACCAACAAUAAUAUGGGUUAUUAGUACAUUUAUCGAUUUUUAAAGUUGAUGUAAAAUGUUGUUCCACUUAUCAUUAUUUUGUUACAUCAAUACGUUUUAAAUUAAAUUCAAUUGAAAGAAGAUACAAUCCC